AUGAAUAAGAAACAUAAUUUAAGGAAUCGUAUUGUAUUUUUAGAAAUUUCAACCAAUAUCUCCAUUAAUAGGAAUGAUAUUUGUAAUUUCUUUCCCACUUAUAACCCAACCGUUGCUGAAUCAUUGGAAAAAUUUUUUCAAACAUAUAAUCCUCGACUAGUAACUCAACUCGACUUUUAUAUUUGGCAUGUGUGUAAUAACUUGGAGGUCGAAUUUUUUGGCAAAGAUUACACUUUAUUUGCCAAUGGAAUAAAUAGGGUACGUCAACAAGAAAAGUGGACAAAUAAGAAUAUAAAAGCCAGUAAAGAGAAUCCAUGUGGAUUUGUUAAAUGGUAUGAACAAGAACUCGCAACGAUAUUAGAAAAAAAGAAGCUUUAUCCAAAUAUAAGUGAUGAGAUAGUCGGCGGCGAUAUUCAUCAUAGAAAUAUUAUUACCAAUAAUGAAGAGAUCGAUGUAGAUAUUGGCAAUUCAUUUGCCAAGACUAUAAAGUGGAAUAAAAUUAAAACAUUAAAUUACGAUCAUCCUAUUUUAUCAUAUAUAGUUGAUUUUACUGAACUUCAAGAAGAACUUCUUGAGCUUAUCGGACCAAAAAUUUACGAAAAAAUAGCAUGUAUCCCUAAUAGAUAUACUAUAGAUCUUCCA